AUCCAGAACCUAAGCACCUAAGCACCUAAGCAGCGAGGAGUUUCCGGUUCGGUCCUUCCCAGUUCGCGAUUCUAAGUAUGGCAAGCAGUGUUAGCAAUUUGGCCAGCACAGUGGCCACCGCCACGGCUGCUGCCUUGGAGGACCUCCACUUCAGCCUCACGGACUACAUAGUCUUCUCUCUGAUGCUGAGCGCCUCGGCAGGAAUUGGAGUUUACUUCGGCUUCUUCUCGAAGGCCAAGAACACCACUGAAGAGUACCUGCAGGGUGGAAAGAGGAUGCCAACCCUUCCUGUAGCCAUUUCGCUUGUCUCGAGCCAGCUGUCUGGAGUGGCCAUGAUGUCCGUUCCGGCGGAGACCUACUCCUUUGGAUUCAAUAUGAUCUUCAUCGUAUGGGCCAUGGUCUUGGCUGUGCCCGUUCUUAUAUAUAUCAUUGUGCCCGUUUUCUACGAUAAUAAUGUCUCCAAUUGCUACGAGUAUCUUGAGCUGCGAUUUAGCAAGCGCACCCGACAACUGGUGACCGUCACCUUUAUCCUCAACCAAUUUCUGAUGCUUCCCGUGUACAUGUUCGUGCCUUCGCUGGCCUUCUCCCAAGUUACCGGAUACAACAUUCAUCUGAUUAACACGGUGGUCUCGUCCAUCUGCGUUUUCUACACGAUGCUCGGCGGGAUCAAGGCGGUGGUCUGGACAGAUGUGGUCCAGGGAGGCGUUAUGUUGAUCUCGGUUGUUCUUGUGGCCAUUUUGGGCACCUCGAACACAGGAGGCAUAACCAAUGUCUUGGAAAACGCCGCUGAGGGCGGCCGCUUUGACUUUAGUUUUGGCAUCGAUCCCCGCCUGCGCAUCACCUUCUUCAGUGGAAUGGUGAGCGGCCUUCUGAUGUGGACAGGUAAGCUUGGCCUUGACCAGAGCUGCGUGCAGAGGAUUGUGUCUUUGCCCUCGUAUGGCCACGCCAAGAAGUGUCUACUUAUGGCUGGCGUUGGCUUCCUACUCAUCAUGUCCUUUACCUGCUUCAUCGGAAUCAUCAUGUUUGCCUACUACUACGGAUGCGAUCCCAUUCAGGCUGGGCUGGUCAGCAAACCAGACAAGUUGAUGCCGUUCUUCAUCCAGGAUAUAAUGGGUCACAUGAUGGGCAUGCCCGGCGUCUUUAUCUCCUGCGUUUUCAGUGCCUCGCUGAGUUCCCUUUCCGCCAGUCUGAAUUCCUUUGCCGGAGUGGUUUACUUCGACUACAUCAAGCCGCGAAUCAAUCACUCGGAAGCCAAAGCCAAUGCAACCAUGAAACUGGUGAUCGUGGUCAUGGGAGCGUACUGCAUCGUUGGCGGCUUCAUCGUGCAGAACUUCAACUCCAUUAUUCAGACCAUGUGGACGAUUACCGGCAUUAAUAUGGGCGCUGUCGUGGGAGUGUUUUGCCUGGGCAUGUUUGUGCCGCGGUGCAACGCCAAGGUGGCGGUGAGUGGAAUCGCCUUCAGCUGCCUGGCGAUGCUGUGGAUCAUCAUCAAUGGCCAGAUGAACUUUAAGGCUGGGCUGAUUAAGUACGAUCCCUUGCCUAAUGGCCUGGACCAGUGCGAGGCCAAGGGUUUCGAGGUCAUCUUGAAUGCUUUCAGAAACAAGAAUGUUACCAGCAUAGGCACUACUGCGGUUCCCACGCUGGAAACUCCCAAGGAACUUACCACCGCAUUCGGCAGCAAUCGCGACUUUUCCAUCUACGACACAUCUUUCUACUGGUACAAGGUGCUGGGUGCUCUUCUAGUCUUCGCGUGGGCCAUUCCCAUGAGCUAUGUGUGGCCCUUGGACAAGGAAGAAAAGCAGAACCCCAAGCUGUACUCGCCAUUCGUCCGGAGCCUGUUGAACAAGCCAAGUCCAGUCUUGGAGCUAGAGGAGUUGCCUCUGAAGACGCCGCUUUCCGAGGAGCAAAUCAAGGAGAAGGAAAACGGCAGCGCAGCAGAAGCCUAGUAUUACCACAUCUGUACAUUUGCAUUAGAAUUUUUAAGUAUGAAUAGGAACUGGCGAAUAAGCUAAUGCUUACAGUUCUAAUGAGAUUGCUUUAAUAUUUAGCUAACGAAUAUUACUGAAAUAAAAUGACAUGUUUUUGAAUUAGACUGUAUCCAGGCAAAAGAGA